ACUCUGCAAGCGGCUCCAGAGGGCAGUUGCGCCCAAGUCUCUACUGCGCCUGCGCAGUCAACAGCUGGCGGAACCGGCUUCUUGCGGCGUCAGCUUCCGGUUUGACAAAGGUUUGGCAGUCAGAAGGGAGGUGAAACUGAGCGAGGCUCGCGAGUGAGCACUGGAGGCGGGGCUUGGCUGGAGGGAACCGGCUUUUCAGUGGGGGCUGAAGCAGAGCCGAGGGGUGAUCCGGGUCCUGUCGAGACACAGGGCUCCUGUGACUUUCAGGUGCGUGGACUGCGGGUGUUCCCUAGGCCCGGCCAAAGUUAAAACCAGAGGAUUCACCGUUGCUGCUAUGGCUGCCUCACAAAUUCCACAAACUGUUGCAUCCCAUGUCCCCUUUGCAGAUUUAUGUUCAACUUUAGAACGAAUACAGAAAAGCAAAGACCGUGCAGAAAAAAUCAAGCACUUUAAGGAAUUUUUAGAUUCUUGGAGGAAAUUUCAUGACGCCCUUCAUAAGAACAAAAAGAAUGUUACGGAUUCUUUUUACCCAGCAAUGAGGCUUAUUCUUCCUCAGUUAGAGAGAGAGAGAAUGGCUUAUGGAAUCAAAGAAACUAUGCUCGCUAAGCUGUAUAUUGAAUUGCUCAAUUUACCAAGAGAAGGGAAAGAUGCCCUGAAGCUCCUGAAUUACAGAACACCGACUGGAAUGCACACAGAUGCCGGAGACUUUGCCGUUAUUGCUUACUUUGUGCUAAAGCCAAGAUGCUUACAGAAAGGAAGCUUGACCAUCCAGCAGGUGAAUGAACUUUUAGACUCAGUUGCCAGCAAUAACUCUGCCAAAAGAAAAGAUCUAGUAAAGAAGAGCCUUCUUCAACUAAUAACUCAGAGUUCAGCCCUUGAGCAGAAGUGGCUGAUACGCAUGAUUAUAAAGGACUUAAAGCUUGGUGUCAGUCAGCAAACUAUAUUUUCCAUUUUUCAUAAUGAUGCUGCUGAGUUGCACAAUGUUACCACAGAUCUAGAAAAGGUCUGUAGGCAGCUGCAUGAUCCCUCUGUAGGACUCAGUGACAUCUCUAUCACUUUAUUUUCUGCCUUUAAACCAAUGUUAGCUGCAGUUGCAGAUAUUGAGCGUGUGGAGAAGGACAUGAAACACCAGAGUUUCUACAUUGAAACCAAGCUGGACGGUGAGCGGAUGCAGAUGCACAAAGAUGGGGAAGUGUAUCAGUACUUCUCCCGAAAUGGAUAUAACUACACUGAUCAGUUUGGAGCUUCUCCACAGGAAGGCUCCCUUACCCCAUUCAUUCAUAACACAUUCAGAAAAGAUGUGCGGGUCUGCAUCCUUGAUGGGGAGAUGAUGGCCUAUAACCCAAACACACAGACUUUCAUGCAAAAGGGGAUUAAGUUUGACAUUAAGAGAAUGGUGGAAGAUUCUGAGCUGCAGACUUGUUACUGUGUUUUUGAUGUGUUGAUGGUGAAUAAUAAGAAGCUAGGACGGGAGACCCUUAGAAAGAGGCAUGAGAUCCUGAGUUCCACCUUUACACCCAUACAAGGGAGGAUAGAAAUAGUACAGAAAACACAAGCACAUACAAAGAAUGAAGUAGUCGAUGCCUUAAAUGAAGCAAUAGAUAAGCGAGAAGAGGGAAUCAUGGUUAAACAUCCUCUGUCCAUUUACAAGCCGGACAAAAGGGGUGAAGGCUGGUUAAAAAUUAAACCAGAGUAUGUCAACGGACUAAUGGAUGAAUUGGAUAUCUUAAUCGUAGGGGGUUAUUGGGGUAAAGGCUUACGGGGUGGCAUGAUGUCACACUUUUUGUGUGCGGUAGCGGAGAAGCCCCCUCCUGGGGAGAGGCCAUCUGUAUUUCACACUCUGUGCCGUGUUGGGUCAGGAUACACCAUGAAAGAACUGUAUGAUCUGGGUUUGAAAUUGGCCAAACACUGGAAGCCUUUUCAUAAAAAAUCUCCACCAAGUAGCAUUUUAUGUGGAACAGAAAAGCCAGAAGUGUACAUAGAGCCUUGCAACUCUGUCAUCGUGCAGGUGAAGGCAGCAGAGGUUGUCCCCAGUGAAAUGUACAAGACUGGCUCCACACUGCGAUUCCCACGCAUCGAGAAGAUCAGAGAUGACAAGGAGUGGCAUGAGUGCAUGACCCUGGGAGACCUGGAACAGCUGAGGGGGAGAGCAUCCGGGAAGCUUGCGUCCAAGCACCUGCUCGUAGGUGCUGAUGAUGAACCUCGAGAGAAAAGGCGGAAAGCUGCCCCCAGAACAAAGAAAAUAAUUGGAAUUAUUGACCACUUAAGAGCGCCUGACCUUUCCAACAUAAGCAAAGUUUCCAGUGUAUUUGAAGAUGUAGAGUUUUGUGUUAUGAGUGGAAUGGCUGGUCAUCCAAAGCCUGACCUGGAGAAUCGGAUUGCAGAAUUGGGUGGGUACAUAGUGCAAAAUCCAGGCCCAGACACAUACUGUGUAAUUGCAGGGUCUGAGAACAUCAGAGUGAGAAACAUUAUUUCUAGAGAUAAGCAUGAUGUCGUGAAGCCCGAAUGGCUCUUAGAGUGUUUUAGAACUAAAACCUGUGUGCCAUGGCAGCCUCGCUUUAUGAUUCACAUGUGCCCAUCAACCAAACAACAUUUUGCCCAUGAAUAUGAUUGUUACGGUGAUAGCUAUUUUGUUGAUACAGAUUUGGACCAACUGAAAGAAGUAUUUUCAGGAAUGAAGAGCCCUAGUGAACAUACCGCUGAAGACUUGGCCUCCGUGAUUGCUGAUUUAGAAUACCGUUAUUCAUGGGAUCACGCUCCUCUCAACAUGUUCCGACGCUGCACCAUUUAUUUGGACUUGUAUGCUGUUAUUAAUGACUCAAGUUCCAAAAUUGAGGCCACAAGAUUAGCUGUGACAGCCCUGGAGCUCCGGUUUCACGGAGCAAAUGUAGUUUCCUGCUUAUCUGAGGGAGUGUCUCAUGUUAUUGUUGGGGAAGAUCAGAGACAUGUUACAGAUUUUAAAGCUUUUAGAAGGACUCUUAAGAAAAAGUUUAAAAUCCUACAAGAACAUUGGGUAACUGAUUCAAUAGACAAGUGUGAAUUACAGGAAGAAAACCAAUAUUUGCUUUAAAGCUGGCUAGUUCAGGGAAGCAUUACAUUGGCAGACUCUAGAGCAGGCAAUAAUGAUAAAUUAUUAAGUGACAUUUCUAUCUGUUAAAAAACUUCUAAAAUAUUAAUAGGUAUAGCAAAACACUAAGGUGAAAAUUAAUGACCUAAAGCCAAGGAAAAUGUUCUUAAUGUGACUUAUAACCAUGAUAUAUAACAAUUUGAAGAGAUGUUUGUACAAUAUCCAUAUUGUACAAUAUGAAGCUAGAAUUUUGAGUACAUUUAGAAACUUUUAGAAUCAUUACAGACAUUGACUUUCUAAACAAGAUAUUCCAGAGUCAAAAAUUAUGGUGGUUUUUAGCCAAUAAAGAGGAUUGCAUGAACAAAAGUCAGAAUUGUUAAAUUAAGCCUAUAAAAAUACAUCUUUUUACUUGGAAGCUCAAAUGCCUCCUUUAAAUAUAACAUACUUUCAUAAACAGUUAUUUUUAUGGUUAUGGUCAAGAGCAUUAAUAAGUUGUCCAAGAUAUUUUUAGUUAAGUUAGAGGAAGUUGAGUGAGAAUCAUCUAAAUACUUGGGAUAUCAUUGGUUUGAUUUUAAAAAUAAUCUUGUAGCUGGGCAUGAUGAUACACAGGCCUUUAAUCCCAGGAGGCAGAAGCAGGCAGAUCUCUGAGUGAUUCAGGCCAGACUGGUCUACAUACUGAAUUCCAGACCAGCUGGGGCUACUGGAAGACUCUGUCUCAACAAACCGAAAUAACAGUAGUAAUAAUAACAACAAUGACCUUGGAAUUUUAAAUUAGUUUGGAUUUAUUUUUUUUCUAAAAUAGGCAUUUUGCAAAUAAGAACUUUGUGUGACUUUGCACUCCAAACAUAAUAGUAUUCACAGAGUUCUUUUCCCAUUGAAUGGAUGUCAAAGAGACAUACGUUGCUUUGAUUUUUAAAAGACAGCUUUUGUAAUCAGGCUGAAGUCAAAAGUAUAAUGUUUAUAUCAUAUCUGGACUUCUGAGUUCUGUACCAAGUUUGAAGUACAGCCUAUUUUCAGACUGUGCUUCAUGACAACAUUGAAAUGCUGGUACCCAAGCUAUGCAUGUUGAUCAUUUGAAGCAAUUGGGCUUUUUAAAAAUAAUAGAUGAAAUGUAUAUGGUUGCAUAUGGUAUAUGGUUGUUACACUUAAUUUAAAUAAAAUUACUAAAUAUUUAUUAAUAAAAUAA